AUGAAGUGGAAGUCGCUUGCUUGGCCUUAUGUCAAAGUGAACUUUGAUGCAACCUUUCAAAAAGAAGAGGGAAGGAUGGGUUUGGGUGUCAUCAUCAGAGACUCAAUCGGUAGGGUACAAGCAAUGGUGACAGGCCCAAAGGAUCAUAUCUCCUCAGCUGCCCAAGCUGAAAGUGUUGCUCUUCUUAGAGCUAUGGAUCUUUGCACAGAGCUUGGCUUCAACCAAGUUUGUUUUGAAGGAGAUGCUAAGGCAAUAAUGGAUGCAGUAAACUCUAAAGGUGAAGACAACUCGUGGAUUGGCCAAAUGAUAGAGGAUAUGCAACUGUUAAUAAGAAGGAAUCAAGCUUGGAGUCUGAGGUUUGUUCAAAGAACAGUAAACAGAGUUGCUCAUAAGUAG